GUACAGUCUGUAAUAACAAUAUCUUGUGUAUUAUAGUGUGUACAGCCUCUGUGUAAACUGUAAAUAAACGAUGGAUAUCUAAUAAUUUAUCUAUAAAUAUAAAUAAAAUACAUAAUAUGUGAUGGCUUGAGGCUAUGCACUAUCCAGUUACUUCGCUAAACAUACCUAAUAAUCUAAAUGAACCGAGUCUAUGGACACAGUAUUGAUUCGAAACCAAAUUCAAAAUGCAUUAGUUACGCUUAUAUUCUGUUAAUAAAUAAAUCGUCAAUGUAAACCAUGACUUCCCAACUCUUCCAAUCACCAACAUAUGAAACAGAACCCAAAUGCUAUUCGCCACCAAAUCUAAAUGCCAUGAGUGAUUUAUCAGACAUUUGUCGUAUUUGCGGCGCUAAUAAUCUAUCUCUCAUCCCAUUGUUUGGCCAAGAUGCACAGAAAAAUGAACUCGUUGAGAAAAUAAAUAAAUAUUUACCAAUAACGGUGCACCAACAAGACACAUAUCCUCUGGGAAUAUGUCAAUUGUGUGCUAAUACAGUGUUAAACUGGCAUGAACUGGCACAAUGCUGCAUUAAGACUGAAAAAGCGCUGACUUUGAAGCUGAAAGCGAACACACAGACUGUCAAAUGCAGUGGACACCAUACCAAUGUACAAGCAAGUUGUGGUUCAGGGGCUACACGUGGAGAGGCUCAUGAGAGGUUAUCAGCCCCUUGUUUAAUUUUAAUAAUAAAAGAAGUUCUGAACAAUGUAUACUUCAAGAUAAUGAAUAUGGAUGAAGAAAACUCUGAUUUAAUAUAUGUCUGCCAAAUGUGUCCCGACAAAGCUGCUUCAACAUCAAUAGACUCUCUUUGUGAUCAUCUGAUAGCAAAUCACAACCGAGAACUUAAUGAUAAGGCAUCAGUUGAAGCGUUCAUAAAGGAAAACAUUACAUUCGAAGAAGUUCUGACAAAUGAUGGCGUAACCGAUGAUGAGUCAGAGGAUCAGGUUGCAGAUAUACCAAAUUAUUUUUGCCCUUUUUGCGAAAGUGCAUUUUCAUCGCCGACCCGCCUCAUAUGUCACUUGAACAAACACAUCGAAGUGAGCAUCGACGACGGAGUUCUCUGUUGUGAUCAUCUGUAUGCUGAUAAGAAGUCUUUCGUUGCACAUUUGCAAGAUAAACAUGUAAACAGAUCAACAGAGGGAACUCUGAUUUGCAAAAGUUGUGGUUUAGUCGAGAAAGAUCACGACGCCUUGGCCGUUCACGUAAACGAGAAACAUGCCGAAGUCAAGGACCCAAAGAAGAAGACGGAACCGAAUCUCAAAUGCCAGAAGUUCAUACCGGCCGUGUGCCCGGAGUGCAACAAAUCGUUCUCUAAUAAAUACAACAUGCUUACUCAUAUGAAAGCUCACACAAGUGAACUCUCUACUAGUAAAUUCAUGUGCAUCAAAUGUAACAAAACUCACAACUAUUCCGACUUCUCAGAUUCUAGCACAUCCGAAAACGAGGAGACGGGGACGCAGGAGAGUUUAAACAGUUUCGAUGACUUGACGCACAGCAACAUGAGAAAAGACAAGAUGGAUGAGGAGACGCGACUCGAACUCAGUCAAGUGCAAACGAAAAUAAACGGGAAAGUUUAUUUUACGUGCGCGACGUGCGGCAAGAACCUCAGCUCGACCCACACUUACAUAUUCCACAAACGCAUACACACGGGGGAGCGACCGUGCGUGUGUCACAUAUGCGGGAAGCAGUUCCGCACGCCGAACGGACUUCAGAGACACCUGACCGAAACCCACGAGAAGCAGCGCCGGUACAUCUGCGUCAUGUGUCACAAAAACUUCGCCAACUCGCAAAACCUCAAACAACACAUGAGGAUCCACACGGGCGAGCGACCCUUCGUGUGUCCGCACUGCGGCAAGCGCUUCACGCAGAGCGGCUCGCUGCACGUGCACCUGAAAACCCACAGCGAGCACUACCCGCACCACUGCGCGGAGUGCGGCGCCAAGUUCCGCCUGCGCUCCGGCCUCACGAGGCACCGCUUCAAGCACACGGGGGAGCGCCCGCACGCCUGCGCGCACUGCGGGAAGGCCUUCCGCCAGAAGCACGAGCUCAACAGCCACGUGCUCACGCACUCCGACACCAAGCCGCACGCCUGCGCCGUCUGCGGCACCGCCUUCCGCCAGAGGCGAGCUCUGCGCCACCACUGCAAGCGCCUGCACGAGGCCGACGCCAGGGACGUGACGCACACGGUCUACGGCCACGCGGGACACUACGAGUGACGCGUCCCUCCGGCCGCCACCGACGGGACCGAACCGUACUCUAGACUCAGUCGAAUAAAUAUAAAGUAUUUCCGUUGAAAGAUCUCGUCAUUUCUACCCCCGGCUAUCGAUUGACUCGCGCACCUCGAACGGGUCAUCCGACAAGUCAUCCUCGGAUCGGAACUACAGGGAGCGUUCAUUCGAUUUGCUUUUCAGCGCGGUAGGUACCCCGAAACGAGAGCAGGCGCCGGAGCCCGAGGCGGGCCCGACAGAGAACCGGGAGGAGGCGAGCGCGGAGCGGCCCAAGACGAUAGUGAUCGAGGGCGGGCGGCGCUACGGCGAGUGCG